AUGGCUGCACGGUUAUUUUAUGACAAGGACUGUCCUCUUGAUUGUCUCAAAGGCAAGACGAUAGUUUUCAUUGGAUAUGGCAACCAGGGAAGGGCUCAAGCGCUGAACUUACGAGACACGUUCAAGAGUGAACAGCUGGAACCUACGCCAAAGAUCGUCAUCGCCAAUAUAAAGGACUCUUACUCAUCAAAAGCCGAGCAAGAUGGUUUUGGUUUCACCUCCGACUGGAAAGCGGCGGCGGCAGAGGCCGACGUGCUGUUUCUUUUAGUCCCAGACCAGGUGCAGCCCCAGCUUUUUAACGAAUUGAUCGCUCCAACCUUGCAAAAGACGGCUUGCAUCGUAGUAGCCAGUGGCUACAAUGUAUUCUAUAAACAUCUUAAUAUGGCGAAGUCGAAUGAUGUUGUUAUGGUCGCCCCGCGAAUGAUUGGAACGUCUGUGAGAACUCGCUAUGAGAGUGGCGAAGGCUUCCCAUGCUUUGUCUCGGUGGAACAGGAUGGGACUGGAAAAGCCUGGGAAGUUGGGCUGGCGCUAAGCAGAGGUAUUGGUGCAACAAAGGGGGGGGCGCUUUGGCCGACCAUCAUUGCGACGUUCAACGAGGCAUACUCAACCCUGAAAGGACUUGGUUGCUCGGAUGAAGCAUUGGUCCAUGAAAUGUGGAUGAGCAAAGAAUCGGCAGAGAUCUUCGAGAAGGCAGCUGAAGAUGGGUUCGUAAAACAGCUCGUGCAUCACAGUUCAGUCAGCCAAUAUGGCCAGCUGAAAGGAAGCCUCGAAGUUGAUACAACCGCAAUUAAGAAAGAGUUCAAACGAAUCGCAGAGGAAAGAGUUUUAAAUGGAGCAUUUGCGAAGGAAUUCAUGUCCCUAGACAGGGACGGGCCAGGUGUUGAGAGAACCCUGGAAGAGCUUUAUGCGAAGGCGAAGAACAGUGAACUGGCAAGAGGGGAGGCUAGAGUGAGAGAGAGACUUGGCUUGAAGUAG